ACAGAUUACGUAUUGCAUCUAGUAAACAUUCAAUUAAUUAUUCAAUGUUGCUCGACACGCAAAUGAAAGUAUUGACAGAUUUAAUGCAUGAAUAUAACUUGUUAUGAAACCAUUUAAAUUUAUGUAGUUGUAAUUCUAAUGUCGUGAAAAGAAAUAGGCAUGAAGUUAUUUCAUCCUUCUAACGUGUAUGACGAGUCUUGGUUAUUAUUAGCCGUAAUGAAGCUUCUAGGUUUAUAUCCCAUUAAAUCUUCCAAACAUUCAUAUAUAAAUUACAUAUAUCAAAUUCUGUUGCAUGUAGUUUAUUCUGUUUUAUUUUUCAAAGUGAAUAGCUAUGCAAAUAAUAUGUAUCAAACUCUUAGCAUAAAUCCGACGAUCAUAGCCAAACGAAUUCGAUAUUUCAUUAAUGUACUUUUAUUACCUAUUAUAACCAUGUUAAGCGCGCGACACAUUUCGAAAUUAAGGCGAGUAUUUGAACAAAUAGACAAGGUUGAUAAGAAUAUACAAUUCUUCAAUAAAAAAAUUGAUUAUUCAUCGUGCAUGAGAAAUGAUGUCAUUCAAACGACUGCUACAAUAUUAACAGUGAUACUUUCCAAUUUAACGAACUACUAUGGAUUCUUAGAUUACUCGAAAGAUUACAUGUAUGUUCUUAUGUGGAUGUUAGAUUAUCUAGCCGAUUUUGUCAAUACUAUAAUAAUCUGUUCAUUCGGUAUAAUUAUCGAUAAAAUCAAAGUUAGAUUCAAAGAAAUAAAUGCGGAUUUAAAUGUCAUCACGAAAGAGAACAAUUAUAUCUCUUUUUCCGAAUCGUCCGAUGUGAAUAGCGUUUCUAGAUUCAAGUUAUUAAAAGUACUUCGAUUUGAACUGUGCAAAGCGGCAUCACUCGUCAACGAGACGUAUGAGUUCCGAUUUCGUAUAUUAGCGAUGAUAUAUCUUAUAUAUAUUUGUUUACACGUUAACAUCAUUUACUCUUCAAGCGACAACAUGGCAUAUGUAGUUGAUAUAGCACUAAGUUUAAUAUGGGGUAUUCUUGAUCUUAUAAAAUUCGUUUAUGUGAUCCAUUUACAUCGUUUUCUAACUACGCAGGUAACUAUCGAACUAUUGUUUUCGAUCUAAUUUAUCUUUCCUGAUAUUAAACUUUGUUUUACAGUAUGCGUGAAUAAUUUAUAUUCGAAAAUGUCAAAUGAUACACAAUUAAA